AUGAAGAAACUUUCCAGGCGGCGGAAUAUGUUUGAUGUUCUGAAAGCAGUUCGAGACGUCGCAACUACUGAGAACUGUAACAGAGUAAUUAAUGCAUGCGGUCGAGCUGUAUCAACAGUUCUGUUGCCUUCGCAAUCCACAAAGGUAGAAUCUGUGAACGUAUCGAAAUUAAAAACUUUCAGCAAGUGUGAUUCUUCAUACUUGUUUUCUUUAUACGUGGAUAAGCCAAAAAAUGGAAUCUACUAUAUAAUAUAUGUGCCAAGAAUGUUGAAUGUUCUGCGUACAAAAGAACGCCAAAAGGCUGAACUGCUUAGAGAUCAAUUAAAUAAUCGUAAAGCACUUAUGAACGCUUUAGAGGAAGUCAACUCCAAAAGUUUCAUGAUUCAAUUAGAACAUAUACGUGAUUCAGUUCAACAGAAUCCAGACUUUUAUGACAUUCAUCAUGCAGCUUCGUGCAAUUAUCCUAGAGUAAUCAUCAGAUUGUGUGAAAACAACUCAAGCCUGGUUAAUGAACAAUCCGCCUGUGGCAAGUAUCCAUUACAUAUUGCAGCUGAGAAGAAUGCCAAACAAGCGGUUCAGGUAUUGUUAAGCCUUGGUGCUCUCACAGCAAACCAAGAUCGUCAACUUAGAAAUGCUGUACAUUAUGCAGCGCAAAACAGUUCAGAAGUUCUGGAGCUAUUACUAAAUGCACCGGAUUUUAUGGAUGCUAUUGAUAGUAUUGAUGGUGAUGGCUUAUCACCACUUUGUCUUGCAGUUUCAUCAGCCAAUGUUAAAUGUGUAGAAAUUCUGUUGAAUGCAAAUUGUUCUAUCGGACCGUUCCCAGGUGGUUCGUUAUUAACCAUAAUGACUGAAGCUAUUCCAUCUCCUGACAUGCCCAGAAUACUUGAUUUAUUAGUAAUGAACUCCCCUAAAUUUCUGGCUGAAAAGAUAGAUGGUUCAUCGACUGUGCUUCAUCAAAGAAUAGAAAUGAAAUUGCUUUAUCACAUUAUGGAAUUAGUUGGUGAUAUGCUAAAUAUUGAUGCGCGGGAUUUAACUGGUAGAACACCGUUAUUUUGUGCGGUGCUUCGAAAUGAUUUGUCUCAAAGUAUAGCAUUACUCAGUUUCAAUGCUGAUGUAAGCAUUGCAGAUUGUAAUGGUGAUACACCCCUUCAUAUAGCAGCAAAGAACCAAAAUGUCAAACUUUUCAAGCUGCUUUUAUGUUUUGGUGCAUCAUUAUUUCUGAAAAAUGUACAAGGAGUAGCACCAAUAGAUAUUGGUGAAAGGAGCUUUGUAGUCAUGGAUUGUUUGAGACAGUUUCUUUGCGAUGAAACACCUUCUCAUCAUCCAUCUAUUAAUAAUUCACUUUCUGAAAGUAUGCAAGAGAAAGCUUUGGAGGUUCGACAUCAAAUGACACCAGAGAAUAAGCGAAAGCUGGUGAAUGUGAUGAGUUUGGAUGGUGGUGGAAUAAGAGGUCUUGUAAUUCUACAGACGUUGCUCCAUAUUGAAAAUCUGCUGGGUCGUUCCGUUAUGGAUUACUUUCAUUGGUUAGGUGGAACGAGUACUGGAGCAAUCGUUGCAUUAGCUUUGGCUAAAGGCUACUCGCUGAGACGUUGUCAACGUCUUUAUCUACAAAUGAAAGAUGAAAUUUUUGUGGGUGAACGACCAUAUUCAGAAAAAUUAAUCGAACACAUUUUUAAACAAAAUUUCGGAGAAGGAGCAACGAUGGCACAAUUAACACAUCGAAAAGUUGUUGUAUUCGCUUCUUCCGUUCAAACAAAUCCACCGGAAUUAAAGUUAUUUCGCAACUAUACUUUACCACUCAGCAAAGCUGAAAAUAAAAUGUUGGGAUUUGACGAUCCGUCUAAAAACUUAAUAUGGAAGUGUGCUCGAUAUACGAGUGCUGCACCAACAUAUUUUACACCCAAGGAUAAUUUUGUUGAUGGUGGAUUAAUGUCAAACAAUCCAACUCUGGAUCUUAUGUCAGAUGUCCAUUUUUAUAACGCUGCAUGUCUUAAAGCGAAAAAGGAGCCGGUACAAAUUGGCUGUAUAUUGUCAUUAGGCACUGGUCAAGCACCGAUCGAAGUUAUCAAAAGUUUAAAAUUGAAUUUUGAUUUGCCGAGAAAUGUCUCUGAAGUGAAGUCAGCAAUUCGAGAUCUGAUGAUCACGGCUUCUAAUGGAGCGUGUGUAGUACGAGGACGUUGUUGGGCUCACGAAAAAUCUAUUCCAUUUUUCCGUUUCUCACCAAAUUUAUCAUCAAAUGUUGAACUUGACGAAACAAACGAUGAAAUAAUCGUAGAUCUUUUGUGGGAUACAGAGAAAUAUUUGCGCGGCGAAGGAAGGCGUGAUAUAGAAACUUUGGUGGAUUACCUUAAAUCACUAUGA